AUGGCAACAAAGUUAUUAAAUUCUCAAGAAACUCAACUUCCAGGUGAUCGUACAGCACCAAAAUCAGCUCUUCGUCUUCAAUGGGUUUAUGGUUAUCGAGCAGCUAAUUGUCGAAGUAAUAUACAUUUAACUGCAAAUAAUGAACUAGUUUAUUUUUCUGCUGCUGUUGCUAUUGUUCAAAAUAUUCAUGAUAAAAAUCGUAAUCAACAACGUUUUUUUCUUGGUCAUGAUGAUGAUAUUAUUAGUUCAUGUCUUCAUCCAAAUCAACUCAUUAUUGCAACUGGUCAAAUCGGUAAAAAUCCACAAAUAUGUGUAUGGAAUACAGAAGGUAUAAUGAAAGUAGAAAGUCUUUUACAAGGACAUAUAGAUGGUGUUGGAGCUAUGAAUUUCAGUGCAGAUGGAAAGAAAUUAGCUAGCGUUGGUAUUGAUCGUGAUAAUACCAUUAAAAUUUGGGAAUGGAGUCGUGGAAAACUUUUAGCAACUGUUGCUGGACAUAAAGAACGUGUUUUUGAUAUUAUUUAUUAUGGUGAUAAUGUCAUUACUUGUGGUGUGAAACAUAUUCGUUUUUGGACAUUACUUGGCAAUACAUUACAAUUUGAAGAAGGACAUUUUGGAAAAUUAGGAGCACAAACACUUUUAUGUAUUGGACAAUUUCCUCCUUCGGAUACAAAACAAUCAACUGAAUCUACAGAAAAUGAUUAUUUAUGUUUUACAGGAGCAAUUAAUGGUGAUUUAUAUGUUUGGAAAAAGUAUAAAAUUGAUAGAUAUAUUUCUGGAGCACAUAAUGCAACAAUCUAUUCAAUUGAUAUGAUUCCUAAUGGUUUUCUGACAAGUGGUAAAGAUGGUUUGGUUAGAAAAUGGACAACAAAUUUUGAUGCCGUAGAACAACCCAUUCCAAUUCCAUCUUUAAUAAAUCAUACAGAAGAUGUAAGUGUAUGUAGUAUUGCUUCACGUAAUGGUUAUUGUGUAGCUGGUACUCGUGAUAGUGAAAUCUAUGGAUUUGAAUUAAAUGGAAAUAAUGUACCACAACUUCUUGUUCAAGGUCAUCAUGAUAACAGUUUAUAUGCAUUAGCUUGUCAUCCACGAGAAAAUAUUUUUGCUACUGGUGGAGAUGAUGGUUCACUGAGAUUUUGGAAUGCUGACAAAAUGUCACUAGUAACAUUUUAUUGGACACCUAAUGCUCAAUUUCCAUCACUUCCUGCUAUUCGAUCUUUAGCUUUUUCAUCACAUGGAAAUCAAAUAGCUGUUGGAUAUGAUAAUGGUUAUCUUGAAAUCUAUCCAACAUUAUUAACACAACAUGAAGGACAACGAGUUUCACCAAUACAUAAAAUACAUAAACGUACAGAUCGUAUAGAAUCAUUAGCAUUUUCUCCAAAAGAUAAAUAUCUUGCUGUUGGAUGUGCUGAUGGAAAUUUGGAUAUUUAUGAUAUUGAAAAUCAAUUUCAAAGUUUACAUUUUAAUUAUCAUGAUAAUAGUUUAUGUGUUACAAAUAUUGAUUGGACUGACGAUGAAAAAUAUAUUCAUUUUACUGGAGAAAAUAAAGAAGCUUUUAUAGUUAAAAUACCUUCUUGUGAAAUUGUAUCUAAGGAUGAAAAAGACAAUAUACGUAAUUGGUCAACAUUUACAAGUUUAAAACAUAAAGAAGUUCGUGGUAUAUGGAAUAAAUUUGCAGAAAAAACAUCUAUUGUUGCUAUUGAUGGAAAUAAUCAACUUGGUAUUAUUGCUGCUGGUGAUGAAGAUGGACUUAUUAAAUUAUUUCGUUUUCCAAGUGAAAAACGUGGUGCUCAUUUUAAAAAAUAUAACGGACAUUCAAGUAGAAUCGCUGAUGUAUGUUUUCUUCAUGAUACAAGUCGUUUAAUAACAAUUGGUAGUGAUGAUCGUACAAUAAUGCAAUGGAGUUUUCUAUCUGAAUCAGAUUCAAUUGCAAUUAUUGAUACCAAGCGAUUGAGUGCAGCACCAACUUCUUUAUCAAUGGGAUUAAAUGAAUCAAUAGCUGAAGAUAUACCGGAUGAAACUAUUGGAGAUGUACGCAUGUUACAAACAGCUCAAUUCGCUGGAACUUAUUUAGAUUCAGACUCGGAAGAUUCAGAUUCAGAUCUAAGUAGUGCUGAAGUCGAUUCUGAUAUUGAAAAAGAAAAACAAAUUUCAUAUGAUAGAAAAUUAUAUAGAGAAGAUUAUCAAAAAAUAAAAAAAGCAAUGAAAGAACAAUUACCACCAGGUGAAAAGAGAAAAAAACAACCUGAUGAAGGUCUUACACUUGAAUAUGCAUUUGGAUAUCGUGGUUAUGAUUGUCGAGAUAAUGUUUUUUCUUUGAAAAAUGGUGAAAUUGUUUAUCAUGUUGCUGCACUUGGUAUUGUUUUAAAUACAGAACUCAAUCAACAAAGAUUUUAUAAUUGUCAUACAGAUGAUAUUUUAUGUUUAACUGUAUCAACUGAUAUGAAAUUAGUUGCUACAGGACAAAUCGGUCGUGAUCCACCUAUUCAUGUAUGGGAUCCAGUGGAAAUGCAAACAAGUUCUAUUCUUAGAGGUCAACAUGAUCGAGGCAUCUGUGCUAUUGGAUUUUCUAGAAAUGGUAAAUUUUUAGCUUCAGUCGGUUUAGAUGAUUAUUAUACAAUUGUUAUAUGGAAUUGGAAAAAAGGAGAAAAAAUAGCAUCACAAAGAGGACAUAAUGAGAAAAUUUUUUGUUUACGUUGGAAUCCACAUGAGGAUGAUCGAUUUGUAACUGUUGGUGUUAAACAUAUUAAAUUUUGGACACAAGCUGGUGGUGGUAUGACAUCAAAACAAGGUGUUUUUGGAAAAACUUCUGGAAAACAAGGAAAAAAAGAUCAAAUGUGUGUGGUUUUUGGUAAAACAGCUGACACUUGUAUAACUGGUGGUGGUGAUGGAGCAAUUUAUAUUUGGACAAACACGACAUUAACAAGAAUGGUUCCAGAUGCACAUAAAGCACCUUUAUGGGCUAUAGCUGCAGUACAAGAUAAAGGUUAUAUAACUGGUGGAAAAGAUGGAAAAGUUAUACUUUGGGAUCCAGAAUUUAAGAAGAGUAUUAAAACAUAUGAAUUACUAAGAAAACAUGUAGUUCCAGAUUCUCGAGGUCAACUUACUGAAGAACCAACUUCAGUCCGUGCUGUUACUUUAACACGUCGUAUUAUUAUUGGUACACGAGGUGGCGAAAUAUGUGAAAUUGAAAAAGAUGGUCGAAUUCGUAUUCCUAUUCAAGGUCAUGCUGCUGGUGAAUUGUGGGGUUUAAGUACACAUCCAAAAAAAUAUGAAAUGUGUACUGCAAGUGAUGAUAAAACUGUUCGAAUAUGGUCAUUACAAGAGCGGCGAAUGCUUCGAUUUCGACAUUUUACAAAAUUAUUACGUACAUGUGAAUAUUCACAAAAUGGAGAACAAAUUGCUGUGGGAACAAAAGAUGGCCAACUGUUAAUUUUAAAGGAAGCAGAUUUGAGUACCAUUAUGACUGCUGAAUAUAGAAAUCGAGAAGUAUCCGAUAUCAAAUUUUCACCAAAGGGUUCAUAUUUAGCUGUUGGUACACAUGAUAAUUUUGUAGAUAUUUAUAAUGUCGAAACACAAAAACGAGUUGGUAUUUGUAAAGGACAUUCAUCUUAUAUAUCACAUAUUGAUUGGGAUUCUCAAGGAAAAUUAAUAAUGACUAAUUCGGGUGCUAAAGAACAACUCUUUUAUGAGGCACCACGUGGUACAAGAAUAACAUCAAUUAAAAAAGCUGAUAUCGAGAAAAUGAAUUGGUUUACAUGGACAGGUGUAUUAGGACUUGCAUGUGAAGGUAUUUGGUUACCAGCUACUGAUAUAACUGAUGUUAAUUCAACUCAUUUGACCAAAAAUAAAAAAACUUUAGCAACUGCCGAUGAUUUUGGUCGUGUAAAACUCUUUGAUUUUCCUGUUAAAGGAAAAUGUGCUAAAUUCAAAGAAUAUACAGGACAUAGUGCUCAUGUAACUCGUGUUCGUUGGACAUUUGAUGAUUCGUAUUUAAUAUCAAUUGGUGGUAAUGAUGUUUCUACAUUAGUUUGGAAACAUGAAUUUGAUCGAUCCGUUGUAAAUGUUACAAAUUCUAUGUCAAGAACUACGACAAAUGCAAGUCCUACAAUUCCAGUUCCAGUUCCUUCUCAACGACAACGAGGUGAAAGUGAUGAUUCUGAUAAUACAGAUUCUGAAGAAGAAGGUUAUGAUUCUGAUGUACGACACGAUCAAGGUAUGGAUUAUAAUGCACGAAUUCUUAUUGAUCAUACUCGAACAAAAACUGGUCAAAAAGAUAUACCUAAAUCAACAGCAGCAAAUCGUACACCAAUGCGUGUAAAAGUAAAAACAUCGCAUAGAAAGUUGCAAGAUGAUUUAGCAGUUGUAAAAGCUACUUUCAAAUCUGGAAUUAGUUUAGGUUUAUUAAAUGCAAUGAAAUCGGAUUCAACAAAUGAAGACUUAAUAGAUGAUGAUGAUAAUAAACCACAAGGACGUAUUGUUGAUCUUGAAUUAGAUCAUAUUCAUGGUUAUCGUGGUUUUGAUUGUCGAGAUAAUUUAUUUUAUCUAGCUGAUAACGAAUCAAUUGUAUAUCCAGCUGCUGGUGCUGGUGUUGUACAUCAUAUACGUCGAGGUACUCAAAAAUUUUAUUUAAAACAUACAGAUGAUAUUAUAUCAAUGGCUGUACAUAAUGGAGAAGAAAAUGGAAAUAUAGUCGCAUCAGGACAAAUUGGAGAAAAUCCAACAAUUCAUAUAUGGAAUCCACGAACAUUAAAAACUAUAUCCGUUUUAUCUGGUAAACAUAGACGAGGUAUUUGUUCAUUAAGUUUUUCGACAAGUGGAAAAUUAUUAUUAUCAGUUGGUGUUGAUGCACCAUAUACAAUAGUUGUGUGGCGAUGGAAAGAAGGUAAUAGUGUUGCAACUGCAGUUGGAUCUGAAGCACGAAUAUUUAAUGCAUUAUUUCGUCCGAUGUCGGAUACACAUUUUGUAUCAGUUGGUGUAAAACAUUUAAAAUUUUGGUCACUGGCAGGAAAUACAUUAGUUGAAAAAAAAGCUAUUAUUCCAAAAACAGUAGACGAAAACCAAUCAAGAAAAAGACAGACGAUGCUUUCAAUUGCAUUUGCAUCAGAAAAUCGAACUUAUACAGGUAGUAUGACUGGUUUAGUAUUUAUUUGGCGUGUUAAUACAUUAGAACGAACAGUAAAUGCUCAUACUGGACCGAUUUUUUCAAUGUUUAGUUCAGAUAAUUGUAUUGUUACAGGUGCUAAAGAAAAAUCUUCUUCAAGUGAUGUAGUAGUUAAACCACUUAAAAUAUGGGAUUUAAAUAUGAAUAAUGGACGAUCAAUUAAACUUAAUGUACCAUCAACAGAUACAAUUUGUGUUAGAUCUGUUUGUCGCAAUUCUCAAGGAAAAAUUUUAGUUGGCUUAAAAACUUCUGAUAUUAUUGAAAUUGAAGAUGGAUCAUCAGGUGCUCGAUCAACAUCAUUAGUAUUUGGACAUGGUGAAGGACAAUUAUGGGCAUUAUCAACACAUCCAACUAAACCACUAUUUGCUACAGGAAGUUAUGAUCGAAAUCUUGUUAUUUGGAAUUCAACUAAUAAAGGUCUUAUAGCAAAACGUGAUAUGAAAAAAGGAAUUCGUAGUAUCUCAUUUAAUCCGGCUGGAAAUUUAUUAGCAGUUGGUUUCAAAGAUGGACAAAUUAGUUUAGUGAAUUAUUCACUUGAAAGUAAAGAAUUAAUAGAAACUCUUAAAACAAGAGAACGUAAUACUCCAAUUCUUUGUGUUAGAUUUAGUCCUGAUGGUAAAUUUUUAGUUGCUUCAUCAGAAAAUUGUUGUAUUGAUUUUUUUGAUGUUGAAAAUGAUAAAUUAACACGUGUUGGUUAUGUAACACAUAUGAAAGAUGCUAUUACACAAAUAGAUUGGGCUACAAAUUCACAAUAUAUAAGAACAACUACAAUUGGAUUACAUGCAUUUAUUUUUCAUGCACCUGAUGGUGAAGAAAUUAAAAAUCAUGAUGAAAUUGAAAAAGUUGUAUGGAAUACUUGGACAAGUCCACUUGGCGAUGAUAUUAUAGGAAUUUGGCCAAAAGAUGUUAAAAAAGAUCAUAUUAAUUGUGUACAUGCAACAUCAUCAGCAGUUGCUACUGGUGAUGAUCAUGGAGCUGUUAAAUUAUUUAGAUUUCCAUGUCCAGAACCUGGAGCUGAAUGUAAAAUAUUUUAUGGUCAUUCUGAUAAUGUAACAAAUGUUCGUUUUCUUGCAAAUGAAAAAUAUUUAGUUAGUUUAGGUGGUGAUGAUUGUUGUAUCUUUCUAUGGAAAUGUAUUACGGAAUCAAAUAUUCAUGAUGAAAAUUAA